UGAGAGGUUGUCACUUAGCCAUGUAAUCCACAGUUAUAAACAUUUUUUAAGGGCUUUUCUACUUGCAGAAUAGGUUUAAUACUGAGAGUGGACAGGAAGCCAGAAGAGGAAGGAGACAGGACCAUGCACUCUAUCAAGAAAUACUUGGAGGUUAAAGGUAAGAAGAGGAAGCUGUCAGCCGACUCAUCAGGAUCCGGAUUCUCCCCCACCAACCCCCACUCCCCACCCCGAGGUGGGCGGGGCAAGUUCGUAAUUCAUGUGAACGCUGCGGGCUCAUUCAGUGAUCGCAGCCACCGGCUCAGCGACCCCAGUCUCCGCGCGAGUCUCCCCGCCGCAGGUCAUUUCAGAAAAAUGAGGAUAUUUAGUGGCUUUACAUUCAUGGCCUACUGUCAUUUGCUGAAAGCAUUUACUAUCACAGUUAACAAGGACCUCUAUGUGGUAGAGUAUGGCAGCAAUGUGACAAUGGAAUGCAGAUUCCCAGUAGAAAAGCAAUUAGACCUGUCUGCAUUAAUUGUCUACUGGGAAAUGGAGGAUAAAAAAAUUAUUCAAUUUGUAAAUGGGAAGGAAGACCUGAAGGUUCAGCACAGUAGCUACAGCCAGAGGGCCCAGCUGAUGAAAGACCAGCUCUCCUUGGGAAAGGCUGCACUUCAGAUCACAGAUGUGAAAUUGCAGGAUGCAGGCGUUUACCGCUGCUUGAUCAGCUAUGGAGGUGCCGACUACAAGCGGAUUACUUUGAAAGUCAAUGCCCGAUACCGCGAAAUCAACCAGAAAAUUUCUGUGGAUCCAGUCACCUCUGAACAUGAACUAACAUGUCAGGCUGAGGGUUACCCGGAGGCUGAAGUCAUCUGGACAAGCAGAGACCACCAACAACUGAGUGGCGAAACCACCAUCACCAAUUCCAAGAGAAAGGAGAAACUUCUGAAUGUAACCAGCACACUUAGAAUCAACACAACAGCUAACGAGAUUUUCUACUGCACUUUUCGGGGAUCAAGUCCUGAGGAAAACAGUACAGCUGAGUUGGUCAUCCCAGAACGACCUACAGCUCCAGCAAAUACAAGGACUCACUUGGCAAUUGUGGGAGCCAUCCCGUUGUUACUUGUAGCCCUGACAGUCAUCUUCUGCCUAAAAAGAGAUGUGAGAAUGAUGGAUGUGGAAAAAUGUGGCACUCAAGACGUUAAUUUGAAGAAACAAAAUGAUACACAAUUUGAGGAGACGUAAUCCAGCAUCAAAAUUGCUGAUCUUAAAGCAGGGAUUCUCAGCCUGUCGCUUGAGUUCGUCAGGGCUAAGCAUGACCAGAGGUACACAACGGGCCAGGCCAGUGGGCUGCAGAAGAUGUAAGACCAAAAAGGCCCAAGCACUGAAAAUGGAAGCUGGGAAAGCAGAAGAGGAGAACAAAGAACGAGGGAGUUAUUACAGAAAGGAUAGCCUGGAAGGAAUCCUUGGUACUUCAAAAUGACUGGGAGACUCAUUGGUGCAUAUGAAAAGGAGAAAGGACACUUCUGAAUGAUGAGUGUCCAUGCAAAUUGUCCAUCACUCAUCCUAGGAAAACAAGUAGAGAUUCCCUGAUUUAAUGGUCAGUUCCUGCAAAAGUGCCCUUUGCCUUCACUCAGUGUCUCGAUUUGUCUUCUGCGUCAUUGGCAGUUCCUGUGUUGCAAUCGUAUUUAAGUAUGAGUUAUUCCUAUUUAUUUUAAAGCUGUAGGAUCUUGUCAUGUGAAUGUAUUUAUAAAUGAUUUAUUUUGAAGAUAUAUUAUAGAAGUUAAAAUUUUGUCACCAAACUAAAUUUACUGCUUAACGUCGUGUGUGUCCAGUAAAAUGUAUAAUAUUUGAAAGGUGCUUUGUAUCCUCUAUGAGUAUUGGUACAUAGGUAGCAUACAGAACAAACCAUUGGUUUGUAUAUUUAACUCACUGAUACUUUGGAUGACUUGAAUAAUCUUAUACUCAGACCUUAAAUGUCUCAAUAAUCUUAUUCUCAGACCUCAAGGUAAAAUAUGUUACGUAGUAUCUGUUGCAUUUAGAUAUCAGCUUUACAACUAUGUACAUAAUAUAUACAUAAUCUCAUUUAAUUCUGUAACAACUGUGUUGUGGUAAACUCUAUGAUUAUACAGUUGAGGCAGUAGAGAGAGAUAAAAUAACUUGCCCAAGCCAGUAAAUAGCAGACCUCAGAUUUCUGGGACUGUCACUCACUGUCCUUUUAGAAUACAAUUUAUAGUUGUGUUUUACUUUAAGAAAUUCAUUCAUUCAGCAAACAUUUAAGAAAUGUCUUGGCAUGUCAAUCCCUGUGCCAGGCAGUGAGUCUACAGAUGUGAGAAAGAUAAAUUAUCUCCCCUAUAGGAGCUUAUAGAACAAUGGGGGAGAUUGGUAAGAAAAUUCAUCAUUCCAGUUUAGUGUAGUGUCAUAGCAUAAGGUGUUGGAGGAGAAAGGUAGUGUAAGGAAAAAAGUCUAGAAAUGCUGCCAAAACAAGGGGACACUCUGGUGGGCCAGUUACUGUGGUCUUAGAUAGUUGAAAAUACUUAAACAUUUUAAUGUUUAUUCAAAUUCAAAGCAAUUUUAGUUUAUGAGAAGUCAAUAUCUUUUAAAACAGUGGCAAUAACUCUUAAAUUCCUUUCCUAUCAAUAUAUAUUUGCCCCUGCUUUACUUGCCUUUACUACGCAAUCUGAUGCUUUCUUAUAUACUGUCUGGUAUUGUAUAGCAGCUCUUUUUUAUUUAAAUGCAGUUGAAUUUUGAAUUCAUACCUUUCCGUUAUUUAAAAUUCAGAAGAUCCGAUAGAAAACAUUAAAAAGUCUCCAUUCCUUCUUCCUAGUCAUCCAGUUUCCCUUUCUAGAAGCAACCGCCUUUUGUUUAUUAUUCUUCUGAAAAUAUUCUAUGAGUAUAUGUGGAAAUGUAUAUAAAAAGUGUAUUUUUUAUUUCUUCCUCUUUCUCACAUAAGUGGUAACACAUAAUAUACCUGCUGUGCACUUUGCUGUUUUUUAUUUAAUAUAUUAUUUCUUAUGUAGCAGCUACAACACAUUGGAAUUUCCCAGAAGUCAGGCACUAUUUUAUUUGUUUCUAGGUCAUCUUUUCUAUAAACUCUUAGUAUCUUUCAUAAGACUUGGUACGUGCUAAGUACGUACUACACCUACAUUUUGACAAUCAGCAUUUGUUGAGUACUUGCUUUAUGAGUAAGUUUGGAUUUGGUUUAUUUUGUGUUUCUCAAAGUGGGACCUAUGGGUUCUCUAGGGUACAUUGGGUCAACUGAGUCCUACAGGGUAACUUUAUUACUAAUUCUGUGUGACAGAAGCAUAUCUGGAAUUUUUUCUUUCUGUUUUCUCUUGAGUAUAAACUUUACUUUGAUGUUGCACUUGCAAAAUUUCAUGUUCUUUUUGGAAAUUCCAAUAGAGUAUCUUGUCCCUAGAUUCUCAUCCGUACCGGUAAAGGCACAUGAUCUGUGCUUAAACCCAUGAGUCUUGCCGGUUCUCAUCACUGCACUGACCUCUUAACAUGCUGCUUUCCAAAGGCAUUGAGAUUCUGAUGCCCUCUCAGGAGCUCCCAGAGUAUUCCUUCCCUCUUAGCUAUUUCCCUGGAUUGAUGACAAGGAAAACCUUCUUCGCUUUGCCACGUGUCAAGGCUGAAGAAACAGAAUCUCCAACAGAAUGUCUUCUGUUGUCUUUUUGCACAUGCUCAUUUGGACUGUGACCCCUGUUUAUGUGAAGUACAAGCGAGGAUUUUGGCUGAGCCAGACAUACGAGUACAGGCCACUCCAUUCCUAAGUCUUAAUGCCGUUUCAUGGUGUUGGAUUUAUAAGGCAUAUUAUCCCUUUGUCUUGUGUUUCAUUGUAAAUGGCAUAGGCAGAGAUGAUAUCUAAUUCUGCGUUUGGUUGUCACUGUUUACACCUGCAUUAAUUUAAUAAAAUAUUCUUAUU